AUGACAUCUUGUUCAACAAAAUGCUAUUUUCAAGCAAGUAUAAUGUGUACCGAUUCAUCCAAUGUCAAUGAACCAACUGUAACAUGGGACUCUGGUACAACCCCAACAAUUACUUACAAAUACAAUACUGCCUCAACCUCACAAUAUAUAAAUUUAACAACACAGACACUUGUUGGGGAUUACAAAAUUAAUUUUAAAUAUAGCUUUCUUUUUAGCUAUGAUAUUCAAUCAUCUUGUAAAACAACACCAACUUCAAUCUCAAUAACACCAAUAGAGCCAUUAUCUUAUAAUUUUCUAGAUGAUAGCUAUACAACAAUUGUAUCUAUUACUGGUUUAGAUUCAACCUUUGGACCUGUAAAAGAAUUUGACCUCACCUGUCCAUUGUUUAUAAAAUGCACCUUAAAAUACGAACAAUUAAGGUAUAGGUUAAGAUUUUAUGGUGCACCAACUUCAUAUGCAUCCCUGUGGUCGUUCAAAGUUUGCUUAGGAAGUACCCAAAGGGAUUUUACUAUUGCAUCACCAAUAAAUGCAAUAAAUUUUACAUAUAGUGAUAUAUCAUAUUAUGUACCAGAUAAAGCAAUGGGUAAAUUUAUCUAUCCACAAUAUUCCUUCAAUGUAGAAUCCAAUCAAAAUAUACCACCAUAUUUAAUACUCAAAAAUAAUGCUGAAAGUUUACCAUUAUCAAAACCAUAUCCUAUAAAAAGCAUCAAUGGCAUUUCAACAUACAUGGGUUCAUUCAUUUAUCCAGAAAACUAUGUAAAUACCACUUUUACAUUAAAUGCACAAACUUUGGAUAUCGAGCUGAAACCAACAUCAUCAUUAGUUUAUAUAAAAUCCUCAGUAACAUCAUUAAAAAGUGCAAACAAUCCUCUUUCAAUUUUUACUGUAUCUUCUACUGAAACCGAUGUGUAUGGUCCAAUACCACUAUACUAUGGCUUAAACUAUGGCAAUAAAAAGGUGAUAAAUUCACCAUUCAGUACCAUUAAUGGUGAUAAUAAUCAACUACAACAAGCAUUUUCGUUUCUUAUAUUUAAAUCUUCAGCCUCCCUAUUUCAAGAAAAAAUAAGUUAUAAUACUGUUCAACUAAAUAUAAACAAUGCCAAAGAGACAUCAGCAUCUCCCACCAUAAUAGAAGCACUCUCAGCAAAAUCGCUUGCAAAUGAUAAUCAAUUGAUCAUUACUAUACAAUUUACCUGCCCAAAUGGUUUAUUAUUCAUUUCAACUCAAAGAAUUAUAAAUGAAAUGACCGUAUUAGAUGAAGUUUUUUAUUAUCAUCAAGAUUUCAAUAUAAUUUCAGGUGACUAUAAAUCAGGUACCGUCGAACUUCUUUAUAACUAUAAAUAUACUGAUAAUUCAACAAACGAAACAAAUUUAAAAGACAAAAUGAAAUUCAAUAUCAUCCUAUACGAUCUAAGCUUAAAUUCAAUAAGAUUGACCAAAGGUGAAUAUUUUUCAAUUAGUCCAAACAAAUACCUUAGCUUUCCAACUGGAUUUGAUUUAAAUUCAAACUUUGCUACCUCUGAUAUAAAAAGUGUAUCUUUUUUAUUCAACAAUAUUGACUUAACCAACAAUAGUGGAUAUAAUAUUAUGUAUAUUAAAUUAUCGGGUCAAGUUCAAAGUUUAAAGUUAACAAUUAAACCACAAUUUGAAGUAUUUGAAAUAUUCGGAACAUGGAAUCAAACCUCUUUAGCCUACCAGUUUAUUUUCUAUCUACCAGGAAAUAUUAUGCCCGGUGUAUUAUCAUACUCAUUAUCAUUGCCAACCUCAAACUAUAUAUUUAACACCCAGUUGCCAUCCGCAUAUCAACUAAACAUCAUUUCAAAUAAUACGGAUUUAUCAGGGCCAAUAUUUAAAUCUAUUACAAAGAUUCCUUAUUCAGAAGGUACAAAAGAAAUUGGAUGGAAAGUUACAAUUGAAGAUUUAACAAACGGUUAUAAAGAUGGAUUUGUAAUAAUAACCUCAUCUGUAGACAACAAAAUUUACAACAUUUCAAUUACACCACCAAUUAUAUUAUAUUCUUUUGACUAUUAUAUAAAAGUUAUACUACCAACCGAUAUAAUUACUCAAGACUAUUUUAUUUCUCAAGUUGUAUUUUAUGAUAAUCAGGGUGUAAAUUCAACAUAUGAAUCAAAUAGUUUUAAUGACUUUUACCAAUACACAAAUCCUUUUAUAAACUAUGUAACAGAUAAUAAAAUAAAUGUAAUUAGUGUCACGGGAAGAAAAGCCACUGUUUCACCAACAUCAAAGCUUGUAGAAAUAACUGUUUCACCCAAUGAAUUAAUAUUUGGUAAAGAUAACUUUGUUAGUAUCAAACUCUCAUUAGAUAAUCCAAAUUUUUUGAUUAGCAAACCAGUUGUCUAUUUAACAUCAAGCAAUAUUGAAAUCAUUGAAUGUAAAACAGAACAGGAAACAUCUGCAAACAAAACACAUUCUUUUUUUGUAUGCAACAAAGUAAUAGCUUCAGGAUUUGGCUAUCCAUUAGGCUUUGGUUUAAGUGUACACAAUAUUUACUCAUCUGAUGGAAAUAUUAAUGGAUAUGCUUCAGACAUAUUAAAAGAAAAUAAUUUACAAUAUCAUAUACCAUAUGGCAUAACCUAUCAGGAAGUCCCAUCAAUUUCCAGAAAAAGUGCUUUUAGUAGCGAAGGUGGUGCACUAUAUUUAUAUGGAAAGUCACUAACCAAAUGCACAGCAUUCCAAGUAGAAGGAUUUUCACCAGUUUUAAACAUACCUGUAUACAACUCACAAGUUUCUAUAUCUUUAGAAGGCACUUUUUCCUCACCAUUUAAUAUUACAUGUGUUUAUAAUGGAGGCUCAACCUUCACAACUGUGAAUCCUAUUAUUACAAAAUAUUAUACAGACCCUAUAAUUAGCUCAGAAAGCUCUGAAGAAUUACCUACAAAUGAACCACAGAAAUGUUUAAACAACUGCGGUGGUCAAUUGAAUGGUUAUUGCUCCUCCAAGGGCUGUGUAUGCUACUCUCCAUAUAUUGGUGAAGACUGCAGUAGUCAAGUAAUAGUUGUAACACCAGAUAUUAAUGGUACUACCCCAGUUGUAACAUUCCCUAACAUUACCGACCCAGGAAACAUCAAUCCAAACAAUACAGAUAUUACCAAAAGCCUAAUCAAUAUUGUAGAACUAAGAGAGAUUGAUAUCUUUGGAAAAAUAGUAAAAGCCUACCCACUAAAUGUAUGGAUUGCCAAACAAUCUUCAAAAUACGUAUACCAAUACCAAGCAUCAAUAGAAUCUGAUGGCUUUAUUACCAGCAUAACUACUCAAGUUGAAUGGUUCGAUAGAGAUACAAAUUUAACUUUUGCAAACCAAAAAGUUAAAAUUGUUAAAUCAUCAGUUAAAUAUACAAUUGACAUCACUUUUUAUAAAUUUAUUUCACAAUUAAAUAGUCUACAGCUAGUAAUGAAGGCAUCACUAAACUCAACGCAAUCAAACAACGUGUGUUCAACUAAACAAUUUGGUCAAACUGUAGAUGAUAAUUCAGACUAUAUUAAACUUUCAAUUCAAAACAUUUCAUUAUACGGAAGAUUUGUUAAAAGGGCAAUUGUUGAUGGUACACCAAGAUCAUGUUCAAAUAUCCUAUUAGACAACUCUAUGAAUUUGAUUCAAAAACAAUCAAACUCAUCCCAAACAUAUAUCGGUAUUCAAAUUCCUUAUUUUAGAAACAAUGUUAAAAUUGAUCCAGAUUUUUCUGUACUAAUAGAUUCAGACAAUAAAAACAAUAAGGGAAAUAAAGACUCUGUUUGUAAGUAUUCUGAUAGUGGUGAACCAAUUGAAAACUCUGAUAAUAGUAAUGGAGGUGAGGAAAAAGGAUUGUCUAAAACCAAAAUAGCAGGUAUAGUUAUUGGAUCAGUAGCAUUUGUUGUUGCUGCUUUAUUUGCCGGGGGAUACUCAAUAUACAGAAAAAAGAAAAUUGCAAAACAAAUGGCCCCAAUUAAUGUUAAAUUAACAAAGGUUAACAAUAGUAGUAGUAAUAUGGACAAUAAUAAUUAUUUAAAACCAUGUAUUCAUUAA